CUUUGACACGUCCCGCCGCCACGCGUGGCCUCUCCUCGCAGGAUGCAGGCUCCGGACCGCGGUGCCCGCGGGACGGCUGGGCAGCCGGCGCUGAAAAAGCCGUACGGGCGUUCAUCCUCGGGCUGGGAAGAGGGUCCUGCUUAGCCUCCGUCUUUCACGGAGGAUGAGGAAGGCACGGCCAUGGAGAAGAAACCGCAUUUCGUUAGGAGGGAGUUUCUUCCCAGAGAGGUGCCAUCCAUCUCGCUGGCGUUACUGCUUGCGGCCGUCCUGCUCCUUAAUGCCUUUCUCUACCUGUACCUCAACAAGUUUUACAGCUCUCUGGGACGUGUCGAAACGGAGCCUGGCCUCUGCCCUUUUGGGCAUUUCAAAUUCGGAGCGGUGAAGAAUUGUUCCCCGUGGCUUUCCUGCGAGGCCAUAAAUAGGGAAGUCAGGAAACUCAAGUGUGUCGGUGAAGGUGCUGUGAAAAAGGUCUUCCUUUCUGAGUGGAAGGAAAAGAAAGUGGUCCUUUCACAACUCACCAACUCAGAGCUGAAGGAGGACUUUCUCCAUGGACUGAGGAUGCUGAAAGGCCUUCAGAGCAAGCAUGUUGUCCGGCUGCUUGGCUACUGCGAGCAGCAGUUCACAAUCCUCACCGAGUACCAUCCUCUUGGUUCACUGAGAGGCCUGAAUGAAACUCUCCACAUUCCCAAGUACAAGGGCAUGAACACCUGGCAUCGCAGGCUGAUGCUUGCUAUAGACUACGUGAGUGUCAUUCGGUACCUGCACAGCAGCCCCCUGGGCACCUUAGUGAUGUGUGACUCGAAUGACCUGGACAAGGUUCUCUCCCAGUAUCUCCUAACGAGUGACUUUCACGUUGUGGUGAACGAUUUGGACGCUUUGCCUCUUGUGAACAGGAGUGCUGGCAGGCUGGUGAAGUGUGGUCACAGGGAGCUCCGGGGUGAGUUUGUAGCUCCUGAGCAGCGUUGGCCCUACGGAGAAGAUGUGCCAUUUGAAGACGACCUCAUGCCUCCCUACGAUGAAAAAACGGACAUCUGGAAAAUCCCAGAUGUCUCAAAUUUUUUCUUGGGCCACGUUGAAGGAAGUGACAUUGUACGACUGCAUCUGUUUGAUAUCCAUGCAGCAUGUAAGAAGAAGGACCCGGCAGAACGGCCCUCUGCCCAAGAGGUCUUAGACACCUACAGGAAGGUUUUAACUCUGCUUAUUCGGGAGGCAGCCAUGCCUGGUACUAGAGAAAUGUUAUAGUGAAUCAUGAGGCAAACAACAUACUGAUGUUUUAAACUGAUGUCCUUCCUAUUUAUGUAGAUUGUCUGAUGGGCAAAAUCUAUGUCCCCAAAACUAAGAAAAGAACUGAAUUUGUACCUCUUGAUUUAAAAUAAAAAUAAAUCCCGCCGAUCCAAGAGCUGUGCAAGCUUUCCAUUGGCAUAUUUAAUCUACCACUGGAAGAGGAAAGGGGAGAGAAAUGAAGUUGUGUGGGUGCAGAGGAAAUUUGUUCCUUAAGAAAUUAUAAAUUUUCUUUUGCAACAUUUACACAAAAAAAGUCUUAAAAAUUAAAGAAAAACAGCUAAAAAAACUACUGGUCUACCUUAACUUGUUGGCAGAGGACUGGAGAGCAGAGACCGUGGCAAGCCCUCCACAAGCUUUGUCCUGAUUGCUGUGGCUUUGCCUAUGCUGUAUCCACAAAGCCCUCAUCUGCUUUCCCACACAGUAAAAGAAGUGGUCACUCAGAAAGAAGUACCCCAUUUCACUUCAGAUCUUGGUGGCCGCAGUGCCAGAGCCACAGUGGCAGUCUCUCCCUGCUGGCUUGGGCAUGGCUUGCUUUUGGAGCCACAUGGAUGUUGCUCUGUGGGCCCUGUAUCCCACACCAGCAAGUGUGUGGCUGCUUUUGGAAGCAAGAAGAUGAUGCAGAUUCUUAAGAGUCUGCUUAGAGACGCAGGUUCUUGGUUUUCGAGCCUUUGUCCUGUGGUAUUCUCAAAUGUGCUCUUUAGAGAUGCAGCUGUCGAAUGAAAGUCUCUUGCUCCUCUGCAAUCCACAGAAAUGCUGAUCACUUUGGAAGAGAGCUGAAAUGUGUCUUUUCAUUCACUUAUCCUUGCUUAGUGUCUUCAUGAUUUGAUGGAAAGGAAGACAAAGGAACUGAAAGAGAAUGUGACUUCCACAGCAAUGAGCAUUAAACACAAGCUUUGGCAAAGAAAA